AUGCUCCGAGAGCUAUGGAAGGACUUGUGCAUCGUUGAAGGCAAGCGGUCUCUCCCCGACAGACCGACUCAGCCUGGAGAUCCAGAAACACGUAUGCCAUGUCUGCUAAACUAUGAGAUGAGUCCGGGGAAAACCUCACCCCAUGCGGAAGUUAUACUACCCUCUCACCGGGAUCCGGAAAUGAGAAUCGCCAACGCGUUGACUGCCUUCUUUAAGCGUCAUGGUAUGCAAAAUCAGUCUGCUACCUACACCAAUAACCUCAAGUCCUACUAUCCUGGCAAGGAUUUGGACGUUGCCACGGACCAUCAGGCCUGGCUUUCAUUUUCUUAUACGAAGAAAAAGGGACCGUAUCUCACCAUGUAUUACCAUUAG